AUGAAGUCCAUGAAUGACACUAACAACUCUGAUGACAGAAACAAUAAUCAUAACUGGUUGGGUUUCUCACUCUCUCCCCAUCAUCAUCAUCAUUACCAACAAACCCAAACUUCUUCAGUUUCCAACACUCUUCCCACUGCUUUUUAUUUAUCACCUUCUCAUUUCAACAACUCACCUAUCUGCUAUGGUGUUCCUGAAAAUCAUAACUUUCAUUCAUCUUUGUCUGUUAUGCCUCUUAAAUCUGAUGGCUCUCUUUGUAUCAUGGAAGCUCUCGGUAGAUCACAAUCACAAGUGAUGGUGUCAUCUUCAUCUCCUAAACUAGAGGACUUUCUCGGUGGUGCAACAAUGGGGACUCAUGAUGAAUACGGUAGCCAUGAAAGAGAUGCAGCAAUGGCUUUAAGCUUAGACAGUAUCUACUACAAUAACCAACAAAAUGCAGAUCCUCAUCAACAACAACAAACCCACAUGACAUCACAACAUCCAUAUUAUGCAGCACUUGGUUUCCAUGGAAUGUUCCAAACACCAUUAGAGGUAGAAUCAAAGGAAACAACAACAACAGCAACAACAAACCAUGUUGAUGUUUGCACCUCCCAAAUUCCUCAAAACUGGUUCUCUCAAAGAGACUAUUCUUCUGUUUCUCAUGUUUCUCAGACUCUUGAGCAACAAAUGAGCACAAACAUGGGAAACAACAACGCUGGUGUUGGUGUUGGUGGGUGUGGUGAGUUACAGUCUCUAAGCCUAUCAAUGAGUCCCGGUUCUCAAUCCAGCUGUGUUACUGCUCCUACACAGAUCUCACCUUCUGGCACUGAAUCAGUCACCAUGGAAGCUAAAAAAAGAGGUGCUGCUAAGCUUGGACAGAAGCAACCUGUUCAUAGAAAAUCCAUUGACACUUUUGGACAGAGAACUUCACAGUAUAGAGGUGUCACAAGGCAUAGAUGGACUGGUAGAUAUGAAGCACAUUUAUGGGAUAACAGUUGCAAGAAAGAAGGUCAAACAAGAAAAGGAAGACAAGUUUAUUUGGGAGGUUAUGAUAUGGAAGAGAAAGCUGCAAGAGCUUAUGAUCAAGCAGCACUUAAAUAUUGGGGGCCUUCAACUCAUAUAAACUUCCCACUAGAAAAUUAUCAAACUCAGCUUGAAGAAAUGAAGAACAUGACUAGGCAAGAAUAUGUGGCUCAUUUGAGAAGAAAAAGCAGUGGAUUUUCCAGGGGUGCUUCAAUGUACAGAGGAGUGACAAGGCACCACCAACAUGGUAGGUGGCAAGCAAGGAUUGGAAGAGUUGCUGGUAACAAAGACCUUUAUCUUGGAACAUUCAGCACUCAAGAGGAAGCAGCAGAAGCAUAUGAUGUAGCAGCAAUAAAAUUCCGUGGCGCGAACGCGGUAACGAAUUUCGACAUAUCUAAAUACGAUGUCGAAAAAAUCAUGGCCAGCAAUACUCUUCUGUCUGGUGAGCAUGCAAGAAGAAUCAAACAGAAUGUUCCUAGAACCGAGGUUCACGAAUAUAACGACACAAACGUAACGAGCCAGAACAACAACGGAGAACCUGCUCAAGCGCGAAACAGCAACGAAAGUAAUGAUUCAAAAUGGAAGAUGGUGUCAAACAGUUGUGACCAAAAAAACUCUGCUGGAAAUUUCAAGAAUUCUGAUUUUUCGAUGUCGUUACAAGACCUCGUUGGCAUCGAGUCGGUUGGUUUGGACGAUUCAACAAAGAUCGGUACUCAUUUUUCGAACCCGUCUUCAUUGGUGACAAGUUUAAGCUCUUCUAGAGAAGCUAGUCCUGAUAAAACUGCUCCUUCUCAACUCUUUCCAAAGCCUUCAAUGGAAUCAAAGAUUGGUUCUAACAUUGGUGUUAGUAGUUCUUGGUUUCCUUCCCAAGUAACAACUCAAAUGAGACCAACAUCUUCUAUCAAUUUGUCACAUUUUCCUGUUUUUGCUGCAUGGAAUGAUGCUUAG